AAGGGGCAGCGGCGGCUGCGAGAGAGGCGCCGGCGCUGCGGCUGGGUCUCUCCGGGGAUGGACAGGACUUCUCCCGCCGCCUCAUCCCGCCUGCCGAGAGGAGGGCGGUAACCGUGCCCGCCGGGAAAGGAAGAGAGAGGUGCCCCCCCGGCUGGCCACCCCGCUGCCGCCCGGGUAAAUGUCACGGCUGCCCGGCCGCUGCCCGCCGCCGCCCCGCGCGUCGCUCACUUCGGGCAGGCAAGAGCGGCGGCAGCCCCGGCGCGCCCCGCUCGCCCUAACCGAGCCAGUAAGCAAGCAGUGAAGCUGGAAAACUUCGCAACAAACUCUUUUGUUUUUCCUGCUUGUAUUUGUGGAGCCUGAUUCACAAGGUUGAUAUGAAGAUAAACAGUCUGGAGAAGUAGUGGAAGACUAUCAUCAUAAGUGUGAGCAAUGAGCAGUUUCAGCCUGGCGCAGUGAUCGUCUCCAGGACUUGAACCUACUUUGUCUCCAGGUUCAUUUUAAGCGUUCUGAGUGUGGUGCCAUGAGAGAUGCUGUUGUCCAUGACAGGCUGGGAUUAUCAUGAUCAAGUACUCUAUUUUGACUUCACCCAGUGGCUAAAAGGUUUGCGUGGUAAAGAGGAAGUAUUGGAGUUUUAAAAGCAUUAAACAGGCCCGUGACAGAGGGUUAGACCGGAUCAGUGGAGUCAUGCAUCACACAGCUGUAUCAUGCUGGCAGCCAUUCCUGGGUCUGGCUGUGCUGCUAGUCUUCAUGGGCCCCACCAUAGGCUGCCCAGCCCGCUGUGAAUGCUCAGCACAAAACAAGUCCGUCAGCUGUCACCGAAGGCGUCUGAUGUCUAUCCCAGAGGGCAUUCCCAUUGAAACCAAAAUCUUGGACCUCAGCAAGAAUCGACUGAAAAGUGUCAACCCUGAGGAAUUCACAUCAUACCCUCUGCUAGAGGAGAUUGAUCUCAGUGACAAUAUAGUGGCCAAUGUGGAGCCUGGAGCCUUUAACAAUCUCUUCAACUUGCGCUCCCUGAGGCUGAAAGGAAACCGUCUGAAGCUGGUCCCUCUUGGGGUAUUCACUGGGUUGUCAAACUUAACAAAGCUCGAUAUAAGUGAAAACAAGAUUGUCAUUUUGCUGGAUUACAUGUUCCAAGAUCUGCAUAACCUAAAAUCCCUGGAGGUUGGGGACAAUGAUUUGGUUUAUAUAUCACACAGGGCCUUUAGUGGACUGCUUAGCCUGGAGCAGCUCACCCUGGAGAGAUGCAACCUCACAGCUGUACCAACAGAAGCUCUUUCUCACCUCCAUAACCUCAUCAGUCUGCAUCUGAAACAGCUCAACAUUAAUGCUUUGCCUGCUUAUGCCUUUAAAAGACUGUUUCGCCUGAAAGAUCUAGAGAUAGAUGCUUGGCCUCUCCUGGACAUGCUACCCGCCAACAGUCUGUAUGGUCUCAACCUUACUUAUCUCUCCAUCACCAACACCAACCUGUCUGCAGUACCUUACUCUGCUUUUAAACAUCUCGUUUACCUGACACAUCUAAACCUCUCUUACAACCCUAUCACCACCAUUGAAGCAGGCAUGCUUUCAGAUUUAGUGCGCCUGCAGGAACUCCACAUGGUGGGGGCCCAGCUACGUACCAUUGAAUCACAUGCUUUCCAAGGGCUCCGAUACUUACGCGUGCUUAAUGUGUCCCAAAACCUGCUAGAAACCCUAGAAGAGAAUGUAUUCCAUUCCCCCAAAAGCCUUGAGGUUCUUUGCAUUAACAACAAUCCUCUGGCCUGUGACUGCCGUCUUCUUUGGAUUUUACAGAGGCAACCCACUUUGCAGUUUGGAGGCCAACCACCAAUGUGUGCUGGCCCAGACAGUGUCAAGGAGAGGUCAUUCAAAGACUUUCACAGCACUGCUCUUUCCUUUUACUUCACCUGCAAGAAGCCCAGGAUACAAGACAAGAAGUUGCAAUACCUGGUAGUGGAGGAAGGGCAGACAGUCCAGUUGAUGUGUAAUGCUGAUGGGGAUCCGCAGCCUACCAUAUCCUGGGUCACUCCACAUCGGAGGCUGAUCACAACUAAAUCAAAUGGGAGAGCCACAGUGCUGGGAGAUGGCACCCUGGAGAUCCGAUUUGCUCAAGAUCAGGACACUGGGAUGUAUGUUUGUAUUGCAAGUAACGCAGCUGGGAACGACACCUAUUCAGCCUCUCUUAUGGUAAAGGGGUUUACUUCAGACCGUUUCCUUUAUGCCAACAGGACCCCUAUGUAUAUGACAGACUCCAACGACACAAGUUCCAAUGGAACUAAUGUGAACACAUUCUCUCUGGACCUUAAGACAAUAUUGGUCUCUACAGCUAUGGGCUGCUUCACAUUCCUUGGAGUGGUUUUAUUUUGUUUCCUACUUCUUUUUGUGUGGAGCCGAGGGAAAGGCAAACACAAAACCAGCAUUGACCUUGAAUAUGUCCCUCGCAAAAACAAUGGUGCUGUGGUUGAAGGGGAGGUUGCUGGACCACGAAGGUUCAAUAUGAAAAUGAUUUGAUGGUGUUCUGCUAGCAGUGCUUUUUCUGUGGCAUUAAAACCAAUUAAACCAGCCUGGCAUGUGGAAUUGCUAGGCAGAAGCAGCUUAAUGCAGCUGUCACUGUAUAAAAAAGGUCACAUGAAAAUGGGACGACUAUUUGUGGUUAUACAGCAGAGCCUCCAGACCUUGAGGCAGAUAUGUCAGGGCCUUUCAUAGAACUGGUAAAUUGUACCAACUGUUUGCAUUGCAAAUAUUGGCUUUCUGGGGAUAUCAGCAAUGAACCGCUGGCUCAUGCUCAUGGACAAUUGUACAACAUUUUCUACCACUACAAAGAGAAAAAGAAAAAAAGCCUACAGUGUAGGAUUUACAUACUUAAAGAAAAAGACACAUUUGUCUGAAGCAUACUCUAGAGUGAAAUUUGUAUCUAUAGAUCUCAUUUGGUAAAAACUUGCAUCAUCCCUUCUAGUUGGUUCAACACCACAAAAAAAUCGGUAGUUUUUUUUUUUAAUCUGCAUCUAUACUGUGUACAUUUUAAAGCAAUACAAUUGAGAGGUUGUGCUUUUAGAAAUCCACCAAUACUGACCCAAGUGUGAUGUCACUCUCCUUUUAACAACCAUCUAAUCCAAAUUAGACUCUUGUAGUUACCAAUUAGAAAUAACAUAUUUUUUUCCUCAUGUACCAGGCCAGAGAGGAAUAGUUGAGAGAAAAAAAGCUCAGCUCUGUUGAUAUUCUCUUCAUAUAAAUAUAAGGCAUGUGCCUAGUUUUGAUACAGAAUGGAAUAUUUUUUAUAUCUGUGAUAUCACACUGGACCAGUUUACUGUAACAGCCCUGGAUCUCACCCAGGGAAGGCAACCCACUAGACAUUGCUGGCUAGAGAAGCUGAGUUCUACUUUGAAGAGACAGAGAUGAUUUUGUUAACCCUGAUUUUAAUUUCAAAGAUAUUGUUAAAAUGUUAAUGUGUACUUGGCAAAAAAAGGAAAGAACUCAAUACAUCCUGCCUAUUCUUUGGGAAAUACAGUCAUCUUACUAUUUAUACAAGUGAAUUAAAACAUACAAACACUGUUACUAUGAACAAACUCUUCUCCAAUGCCAAGUAAACUAUGGUUGUCCAUGCAUAAUAAGGGGAUUGCGGUAUUAAAAUAACAUUUAAAACAUGACAGCCUCAAAAAGGCUAACAUACUGCCAGAUAUGAUGAACCUCUAGCCACUGUCACCCUCAUCUUGUAUAUUUGUAGAUAACACAUGAAAACAAAGCAAAUUUCCAAGAACAGAUUACUUAGCUAUUCUUGAUGCCAUUUUAAUGACUAUGUGGUUAUGUUUCUUUCAGGGGCAGUAUCUUAGAGCAAGAGGGGCAAAAUUUUCCAGGUUUUAGGAAGUUUUUGAGUGGAGAGAAGACAGAAGUGGAACGUUAGUUCAGUACAAGUAAUCAUUCUUUUGGCUUAUGAUGCUAAACAAAUUCUCAAAAGGCUCAGAACCAAAACUUUGCAUUUUAUACCACUGUUCUUAUUUUGAAAUUUAGGAAGAUACAGAGUCGUGCAGUCACCUCUCAUUUUUCCAGCAAUUAUGAGCCAUGGUUUUGUUGUUAAGUGGUUAAUAACAAGUGAAAUUUAUAAAUCAUUGACAUAACCUGGAGUAAAGAUAAUAAUGAUUAUGUACAUGUUCAGCCAAAAUGACCAUGAAGAUAUUAUAAGACAGAACAUUCAGAUUAAUGUGAUUUAAAAGCUUAUGUCAAAUCUUAAAAUUACAUUUCAGUGCUCUGAAACCAAAGUCAGGGUGACCUAUAAUGGGAUGCAGGUGCUUCUAAAAUUAAUAUCCGCAUUCUCUGGCAGAGAUUUUCUAAGCAGAAUAAAAAUCUCCCACUCUUAUCAAGGGAAAUGUGCCAAAAGUUGUAAAAUCCAGCUGCACAUCCCAGGUGUACCCCUAGCAUAUCUGUAGUACAUGAAGCUAGGCAGUUUUGAGAAUCUCUUUUCUUAGUGGUUGAGCUUUGGUUGUAUUAUUACUGCAUUUUAGAUCACCAGACUGGGGAAAAUACAAGGACUGUUAGAAUUUUCUGCACUUCUAUUGGUUUUAAGUUUAGACUUAGGUUUUCUUUCUUCCUUUUUUUUAUGUUCUGAACUAGAUAGUAUGGAGAUGCUUGAGACUAAUCCUCUUUGUUCUAUGAUGAUUUGUAGAAUAAAAUGGAAUAACCCCUGACUAAAUUCUAACACCAGGGAAAUUAUUUUUGCUGAUACAAUAACCACAGCACUGACGUCCAAAACUCUACUGUACCUUAAUGUGGGCAGUUAAAGAAACAAAUGGGGAUAAAACAAAGUGUUUCUGAACUGCCCAUUGAAGACAUUUGCAUGUGCCUUUCCCUCGUAAUUGUCAUUUUUUCAGCUACUAUAGUAAUCUAUUGACCCUGCAGUCAUUUCCUGUUAAGUGUUAAAAUCAAGGUUAGAAACAAAAAUUCUCCUAAAUUCUAAACAUUUGCAGCUGUUUGCUUCACACUAAAUGAUACAAAUAAAAAAAUUUUUUUUUAAAAAAACAGAGAAAAAUGUUCUUUUAGGAUUAAUUAUAUAUUGCUGAAUUCCACUGUUUCUUUAGAAUUACUGUAAAAAGUGACUGCAUUGUUAGUGCACUGCAAGGAUUUGUGAGCAGUAAUGUGGUUAGUUACCUGUGUGAAAUAUAUGCUGGUGAUGAAAAUCAGCGCUUGCUCAUGCUGAGCAACACCUUGCAGAGCUGUCAGCAUUGUGUGUAUCGCCUUGAGUUCCAUCAGUAUUCAUUUUUUAAGAAUCAGUGUUUGCUCCCUGCCUCUAGCAAUGUUCUACUUUUUGCACCCUAUUUAUUUCACUAUGGACUUGGCAAGGCAUAUGGCAUCUCUUAGCAGAAGUGAGGUCAGCAAGACUCAGACGCAAGCUUUUAUCUUGUUCCACAUAGUCUUUUUUUGUACGUAUUUAUGAGACAUAAUGGUCACUGUGGCUGUUUUGGCUGACUAAGGAAUACAGUGUCAGGGUCAGACCUAGAUAAGCAUCUUCUUGGCAAUUCUUUUAAGAGUAGAGUAUCUGAAUGCCUACCCUGCCUCUUGAAGGAGUCACUUUUCCUUCCAUGCUAGUGAUAAGUAAACACCACAGUUUAUCUUACUGCGUUGGAGAAAAAGGACCGGGUUCUGAAAAGGUAUCUGAAUUUCAUGGCUCCCUUACCAUAUAUUCAGAAACAGAUGGGCAGUGCAUAUCUGCCACUAAAAGAGGGAAUGAGAGAUUUCCCCCUGCCUCUGUCUUGUAUACUGGCUGCAACCCAUGCUGAAAAAACACUAAACCUGAUCUUACCCUGUGGUCAGUGCAACAAGAUUCUAAGAAGCAGUAACAGUUCUGCAGAAAAUGAGAAAAUAGAAAAUGUCAAAAACAGUAGAGCAACUUGAGAAAGAAGUUACCACAGUAUCCUUGUCAAUAAUUUCUGUAAGAGCAGUGCUGAGAAUACGACAAAUGCAUUUUGAAGUCCAUUUCCUCAGACUGGUGCUCUUCUUUCAUACAGGAUGGAUGUAGAAGCGUUCAGACUUCCCACAAGUGAGUUAAAGAGGACACUGCAGAAAUGUGUUAAGAAAAGAGUUUGCAAUGAUGUAAGGACAGAUCAAGACUAACUAGCACCCCACUUUAGUGUUAUUUUUAGGUUUUGACAUGGUUCUCCUUUUUUUACCCUUCUUCCUUUCUUAUUAACUUGGCAUCAUUCUUUUCAGAAGGGCUUCAUGCACAUCAUCAUCUCAGCUAGAUUCAGAGUAGAGGAUGGCUUUUACCCUCUGUUCCCCCCUUCCUCACCGUUGACAUGCACUUUCAAGUGCCAAUAGUGCCAACAGUUCCACAGACAAUUGAAAUAAUCCAGAAGACUCUGAACCCCUAGAAAACUGUUAACAUAAGCUGAAGUCAUUAGUUAUUUUUUUAACUAUUUUUUUUAAUUAAGGUGACAUUACUGCCAUUCAAGGUUUCCUUUAUUUGUGUGAAGGUUUGCUAUCUUGUUUUCUUUAUUUUCUGCAUCUUGAUAUUGCAUCACAUAUGAUAGCAAUAAUUAUAUCACAGUAAAGAAAAGUAAGAAAGCAAGCCACAUUACACUCUCAACACCACAAAUUUUAGCUGACACUUCUGAGGCACAUUAAGAAAAGUUAACAUUUAAUGGAAAGUCUUGUGUUAACCUUAUGAUAGAAAAAAAACUGAUGUGGAGGAACUUUGGAGUGUAGGCCAUAUGGUGACUGAAUCACAUAAAAGAUACAUAGAAAUGGACUUUCCUACACCGUGCCUAGAUAUCUGUUCUAGAUAUGCGACUUUUCCCAAAAAUCUUUCAGGAUGUGUUGAUUGCCAGAAGCCCACAUUUAACCCACAAAAAGACGAAGCAUUAUCUGAAAAUCUAGUAGAGCAGGUAGCUUCUGACUGCCCAAGGACGACAGCAGCUUCUAACAGCUAAGAAACUGCAGUCAUUUAGUUAUUUUGCCUCAUCUGCUACUACAUCCUGUGAAAAAAAGGGUCUGCUAGCCAGUGCUAAAACAAACAAUCCUUGUUCAUUUUAAUUCAGAGAAGCUAAUUUGUUUAAAUAAACUACAGUUUGUUCCACCUCUAUCCGCAGCAGUGAAAUGUCCACAAAGAAGUAAGGAAGGGGAAACUCAUUCUGGCCAGUCUGCUAAUUAUCUUUUUCUCCUGAAUGAUUUUGGGGCUAGCACGAUGACUGCUCUGUCCAUUUCCAACCUUUCAGCUCACAGGGUGGUUUGAUAUGGAGUAGCAGGGAAAGGAGCACAUGUUCAAGCUGUCUCUCCUCCCUGAACUGUAACUCUGGUCUUCUCAAAUAAAAGAACCAGCACAGCAGCAAUAUCUUAAAAAUCAUGGUCUGCUGCAGCUGAUCUGUUGUUUUGUCACAAGACAACAUACUGGAAAACACCAGAUACAUGCUUUCUGCCCUUAUUUCAGUAUCCUAAACGACUGUACUUUGUGCAAAAAAAAAAGAACUAGGAAAACCAGAAAAACCUCCUUUUGUCCAGUACUUUAAAGUUAAAUUGUGCUUGGAGUAGUAAAAGGAAGAUCUUUGGAAAUGGCAAAGGGUCUUAUUGCUGGAGAAUCAUUGAAAGAAUGAAUGAGGAUUUUCAUGUUAGCUAAGUAAUUUCAAUGCCCUACUCCUAUCACCUAAUAAGUAUUACAAACUCAAUUUCCUUUGCCAGCUUAGAAGAAUCACAGCCAGUUCAUUCGGUGAUACAUGCACCCUUUGUCUGUCUCCUAGUUCUGCUCUCUUCCCUUCUCAGUUUCAAAUGAUUGUGAUGCCAAAUAAAGGUGUCUGGACUUGAUUUAGUUUCACUGCAUGUUCACAUGGAUUUUGGAAUCUAUAUCUCAAAACAGGGUCUUAAACCCUCUUUAAGCCAGAAAUAAAAAUAAAAAAGGAAGAAGCAGCUUGAGUAAACCUCUGUAAGAUUCUUACUACUGAGAUAGCUACAUGCCAAAAGCAAUCUGCAGGUCGAAUGAGUCUGAAUCUUUUUUUUUUUUAAGCUAAAUGCUGGUGGUUGGAUAUAAGGCCAGCUGGAAAUAAAAGUCUUAAAUUAUAGAUUCAACAGAAUAAGGAGAGAGCUGUUACAGUUGAGAACACAUUCCAUGUUAUUUCAACAUAAAUUUAAGUAUACUUUAUCCUUCAUAUUCAAAUAGCUCAUAGAAGAGUACAAAAGAGCAGACUUUCACCUCAUAAUUCAGUUAUUUAUAUUUAUACAGAAUGGUACCAAAAUUGUCAUGAAACAGAAAUGUUGAAACAAGGGACUGAAAACAGAUUUUCCACUGUAGUGAGGCAAAUACAUUGGGAGAAAUCCUCUUGAUACCACUCUGUUACUUCUUCAUUACACUAGAAAUUUGAUAAAUGUAUCUGGGGUUUUUUUGCUUUCUGUUAAGCAGGCUGUAGUGGAAAAUAAGCAGAACUUAUGUUUUAAUUAUUUCUCACAUACAGAGACAAACACAGUGUACUUUCUGUUCUGGAUAGCUGUAAUAUUUAUCACUGCUAACUGAGCUGGAGAAUAUAAAAAUGUAGAUUGAGGGACAAGACAGAAAAAAGGUUAAAAGAAAAGAAAAUCUGUGACCUUAAAGAAGUCUGCCUAUUUCUAUGUGUGGUAUUUGCAAGUCAACAGCAUUAUCUCUUCACAUACAAGCCAAGAACAAUGACCUGAAAUUUCAAGGCAGCUGUGAAGAUGUUUAUCAACUUGUACACACACUAAUAAUUUUGAUCUUUCAGAAGAAAAAAAUGUUAUUGCUUUUUAAAGGAUUCAUUUAUGCCAUUUUGGUGUCUAAAAAAAAUGACACUUUUUCUUCAUUUCACUUGGAAGUAAAUGACAACCCUGAUCUGGCAAGCUUACAGUCAUAUAGUCAGAAGUUGGCUUCUGGGCAGGUAUAUAUGAGCAGGUCUCUCACUGUUUGGAGAGGGAAUGCCAUAAUAUAUAUAUAUAUACUAAAUUAUCAUCACACUUACUGAAAUCUAUUUGCAAGUACAUGUAGUUCAUAUGUACCUGUUUAUGUGUGCAAAAAAAAAAGUUAUAUUUGUUUUGUUCUUUUCUUGCUUCAAGUAUUAAAUGUAUAUUGUUUUUAAAAGGUGACAAGGUUAAUCAGAACAAAUGUGUUGUAAUUUAUUUUAAUAUGUAUUAUCAUGAGUAUGGAUGGGAAAUGAAAGAGUCUUGCUGUUACUAUCCAUGAAACACAUGAGAAGUUGGGUUUGUCCAUAAUUUCCUUUCAUGUUUAAGCAAAAUAUGCUAAUAUAAUGGGAAAAAAAGGAAAAAAAAACAAAAACAAAAA